GCGCGUCUGUGGAUUUUUUUUUCCGCUAAAGGAAAAAAUGGCGCCCAGCUCGAAAUCGGAAAAAGAAGACAACGGAAACAAACAAAAACAGCAACGAAAACACAAAGACCACGUUGUCAAGCUCCUCGCUCGCGGGAAGAUCUCAGGUCAGCUGUCUCAGAGACUGUUUCGUAAGCUGCCACCUCGAGUGUGUGUUCCCUUAAAGACUAUAGUGAGCGAGGAGUUUCUCCGGGCUGGUCACAUCUUCUUGGGAUUUACAAAGUGCGGGCGUUACGUGUUGUCCUACACGAGCGACUGUGGUGAGGACGACGAUUUCUCUUUCUACACCUACCAUCUGUACUGGUGGGAGUUCAACCUGCACAGUCGCCUUAAACAGGUGCACCAUGUGCGCUUGUUUGCGGGUGAGGACAUAUACAGUGAGUUAUACCUGACCGUCUGUGAGUGGCACAAUGAUCACUCAAAAAUUGUCAUCUUCGGCUUCAAUACUCGCAGCAGCACGGCUCUGUUGAACAUGAUGAUGAGUGAUGAAAAUAACAGAGACAUUUACAUCACUAUUGCCUCCAUGCCUCCUGCACAACGGUGCCAACAGUGCUGCCCUGUACCCACUACAUCCACAAUACGCACAGGAGGCGAGUGUCUGGAGCACGGCUACGUCCUGAACGCUCGUUAUCAGGUGGUUUAUCCGUUCCCCACCUUUCAGCCAGCUCUGCAACUGAAGAAGGAUCAGGUCAUCCUCCUCAACACCAGCUACUCACUGGUGGCCUGUGCCAUCUCGCUCUGCUCUGGUGGAGAGCAGCAGCAGCAGGGAGAUGGACAGAAUAAUCAAAUCCUGUACCGAAAACGAGAGACUUCCGCUUCCUCCUCUCAACAUCCUCCCAGCCCCUCCACCACCAGCUCCUCUUCAUCUUCUUCUACUUCCUCCUCUCAUGGGUCACCUGACCGCAGACCAACCAAUCUCCACAUGACGCCGCUCUCUCCCGGCCGCUCUCAGGCCGCCGUACGAGCGCGCGAGUUCGCCGCUGACCUCUUCCGCCGAGCUCAAGCAGGCGCGGAUGCAGACAGCGAGCGGCGAAGGAAGGACAGCGAGGCCCAAGAGGCAAAAACCUCACACACGUCCAACACAGACUCAGAACAAAAAAAGGCAGAAGAAAGAAGGGAGGACGCAGAGGGACCAUCUACUCCACACGGGAAAGGAAGCACCUCCUCAACCACUGAGCCGGAGGACAGCGUAUCUUGUAACACGGUCAUGUCCCCGGUGUCCACGUCCUCUUUGUGCUCGCUAUCGCCGCACGCCGCACCGUCGUCGUCCAUGUCAGAGCCGGGAUACGUGAACUACACGCGGCUCAGGUACAGGCUACAGCAGCCUGGGAGGACAGAGCAGGACAGCGGAGAAGAAGAGGACAAAGUUCAGCUGCCGUUCACCGUCUCAGACCUGAAGGGACGGAACCUGCAGCUGGUGACAGGACAGUACACGGGACCGUGUGUGUGUGUGGAGCAGCUGACCCUGGACUUUGAGUAUCUGAUUAACGAGGUGAUCAGAAACGAUGCAGAGUGGGCCUCCCAGUUCUGCUCCUUCAGCGACUAUGACGUUGUAAUCCUUGAGGUUUGCCCGGAGACAAAUAUAGUAGUGAUAAACAUUGGACUUCUGCUGCUGGCCUUCUCCAACUGUGAGGAGGAGCACAGCAGCAGGCCUAAGUCGUAUCACUCCAGCCUGCAGGUCAGCUGGGAUCUAAACACGGGUGCCUGCUGUACCGUUGGUGUCGGUGACCUCACGGAGGUCAAAGGUCAAACCAGUGGGAGUGUGUGGAGCUCUUACAGGAAGUCGUGUGUAAACACAGUCAUGAGGUGGCUUGUCCCUGAGAGCAGCUCACGCUACAUCAACCGCAUGACCAAUGAAGCCCUGCACAAAGGUACCUCCCUUCAAGUACUUGCUGACAGCGACAGAGCCACGUGGAUCGUCCUGUAAUGAAGAAACCAUCUCUCACACACACACACACACACACACACACACACACACUCACACACACUCUCACACACACACACACACACACUCACACACACUCACACACACACACAGAUGGAAAGAUGUUUCUUUUUUUUCUUCUUCAGUCCACACACGAUAUUCCGAUGUGGCGCGAAAGCCUCGACUGUGAGUCCAGUGUUAAUCCAUACAAGCUGCUGCUGCACUAAAACUUUUCAGACUCUGCCGAAACGAACAAAGCAUCUCGAAUGCACAAGUCUUUUAUACGUCUUUUUUUUUUUUACGUUGUUCUUUAUGUGAUCGAUCCUUCGGUGUGCAUAUUUCAACUAAUUUAACUUCUUACUUAGCGUCGGUGUCGAUCAGGGACGAGUUUAUCUCACGGACCCGCUGCCCUCUGUGUUUUAACCCAGAGCGGUGUCUGUGUGUCAACGGCUCAAAUCUCGGGUUUACAUCAUUCAGUCUUUUUGUAAAGUUGUUUUCCCAUCUCUCUCUCUCUCUCUCUCUCUCUCUUUCUCUCUCUUUCUCUUGUGUCUCUCUCUGUGUCUCUCGCUGUAUGUGUGUCUUUCUCUCUGUGUGUCAUUCUCUCUCUCUGUGUGUCAUUCUCUCUCUCUUCUCUCUCUCUGUUUCUCGCUCACACACACGUACACACUCUCUCUCUCUCUUCUCUCUCUCUGUUUCUCACACACUCUCUCUUUUCUCUCUCUCUCUCUCACACACACAGAGUUGUUCUCAGAUUCAGUUAUUUAUAUAUUAACACACUUUGACCUUCAGUCUACACCAGUAGUUUGUCGUAAGAUGAAUUCCAGAUCUGCACGUUUUCUCAUUAUUCCUCUGCCGGGGUGAUCAUCCACCUCUUAGUAGACUAGUUUAUUCAUUUCAUCAGAGCAGAUAAAACACUAAAAGAUUCUAAAACGAAGGACCGCUGUUCUGAACAUCUUUACUGAUCCGUUUCGAUCUCCGAGGUAAGUAAACAUGUUCGGGGCAGACAGUCAGGGCAUCGCAGGGUCGCUCUGAGAAGUUUCUCACCAUGAACUCCUGUAGAUGCUACUCUGUGUGUGUGUGUGUGUGUGUGUGUGUCAAACGGCAUUUUCUCAAAAUAUUACAACUUUUGUUCAUUUUAAAUGUGCAGGAAUCCCACAAAUUACAUCACAUCCAUCUAUGCUGUUUGUUUGUUUUUGUUUGUUUUUAAAGUAGUGGUCAUGAUGCACCUCUACAGAAUAUGAACAAUACUUGAUAUUGUCUUUACUUGAUUAUUUUUUAAUAAAAACUAAUAAUUCGAAA